AUGAGGCAAACCAUCUCAUUCCAAGAAUACCAAACCAUGCAGAAGAUUGAAGAAGCGGAGUCGAAGUUGAAGAAGAGAUUAGGAUUGCUCACCAGCUCCAGCGCCAACCAGGAAAUCGACACCACACACUUCUACCAGUCAAUCAAGUUUGACCUGAGCCGAAGCCGCCACAAGAUUGAGGCCACGUGCAAAGACGCUCUGUCCUCCAGCACCAUGAAUGUGAUUCAGAGAUCCUGA